AAUGAAAUAUAUAGCUAUCCUUCUCUUAGUAUUGGUAUUAACGAAUGGAGCAAAUAUUAGAAAACAUAAACAAAAUAAAGGAACUAAGCAUACUUAAGAUUUAGUACAAAUUGAGUAAUAAAUUGUUAAAAUUGCAUUAUAGAUCUGAAAAUGUUGGAAAUUCUUAUGAUUUAAGUAAUAAUGUUGGAGUUAUAUCCUCAUAAGAAAUGGUUGUUAAUGCUUUAACAAAUUAGGACAGAAUUGAAAAGGCUGAAUCUAAAGAAAGAAAUGCUAUUCAUAAUGCUUUGAAUAAAUCUCAUAAAUCUUUUGUAUAAGUUAGUGAUAAUGAAAAUUAAGUUUAUGUAGAAGAAACUUUAGAUUAAACUCCUAAAAAAGAAAUUAAUUUUGCAGAUUUAUUUACAAAUGAUGGUUCAUCACCUGAUAUGGGAAAAUAAGCUCUUAUUGAAGAUUCUCCAUCUCCUCCUAUGGUUUAUAUUCAAUAAGAUGAUAAUUUAGAUUAUGUUAGAGCAAUUGAUAAAUUAGAUUUGUUAGAUGAGAAUGGUUAACCACUUUAAUUACUUCCAGAAGAAUUAUCACUUUUGGAAAUGUCUUAAUUUGAAAGUAGAUUCUAAUAAACUGAGACUCCAUAAAUGGAAUAAGCACCAAGUUGGAAUUUAGAAACUGCAUAUGAAAAGACUCCAGGUUAAAGUGAAUUAUCACCAGAAGAAUUAUAAAGACAAACUGAUCAAAUGGUUGAUAGUUUAAGAGGAGAGCUUGAAAAUGAAGAUAUUUGAUC